UGUCUUACCUCCAUCCGACGAGAGUGUGCGCGUCGGUGUAUAAACGGUAAACCUAGACUGUUGUGUUGUGUUCUUUGCUUUCCCUCCAGUUACUAAUUACGAAAGUUGGUGCGCGCACGCCCAAACCGGCGUUCAAAGUAGUGAUAAGUUUUAAUCUGCACAACACGCACACGCAGAAGACGCCGAUAGUGCGCUUCACGCACGUGGCGGUGCGCUUUCGAAAAAGUGCGCGCCCGCUGGAGCCGUUCAUGUCGUAAAUGUCAAGGAGACGAAUAAGACGUGACGGCAGACGUGUGCCCGAGUGGAAGUGGUGGUGUUCUGUGGCGGGAAAUUAUGUGCAUGGACGUCCAACAGACUAGCGAGACGAUGGGAGACAGGAGCCUCGACGACGAGGUACAAAUCUUGGAAGCACGCAUCGACAAAGAUUCGCUCAAAGUUCCGGUCAAAGAAGAGCGUCCAGAUGAGGCCGAAAUCAGGGAGCUGGCAGCCAAGAUGGUGGAAGCACACAAGGCGAAAAUGUCACCAAGUGUGGCGACGACCGGCCAACGGCAGGCUACCUUGCAGACGAACCUGCAGGGUUUGUUGUACUUCAAUAACAACACCAAUACUGUAACGGUGGGUUCGACUCCAAAGCGCGCUGGAGACACAUCUCAAGCGAAAGAAGGCAAAGUGCCCUUGGACGACGAGAGUCAACGAGGUCGUUUUGGCUGGGUCAGUUUCGACGAGACCCACAUUCCUUACAUCUUCCGUGCCGGCGAAAAAUUCUGUGCCGUGCGAAUCCUUGAGUCGAAGCUCCUCAACAAGUACUUGAGCUACCUUCACUCUGAUAUUUACAGUUGCACCUGCAUCCGCAGCUAUUACAUCACGGACGCCGAGAGCAAACUCCUGAACGAGAUCAACACCAAGCACUGUGAGAGUCAGUUUGGUCGCGAUCAGUUCACUUGCAAAGACCUGGUUGUCAGGCUCGCUGAUGCCAAGGAGUUUUAUGCCUUUCUGGAUGUCUGCUACACAAAACUCACCGCCAGCAAUCGAAGCGCCCCAUCCGACAAAUGCGGCUUCAUCCGAAUCAACAAGGAGUCUGUGGUGCCCUACACUGUCAAGGACGGCCUGAAAUACGUGCCACUCUUCUAUUUUGAGGGCGAAACGGACAACCUGAAGCUGAAGGCAGAAAAACUCGAAGGCUGGGACCUGUCAUACCUGAAGUUUUGUUGCAAGGUGCAGGGAAUUCGGAACGAACUCUUUGCGAGCGAGACUUGCUCAGUCAUUAGUCUGAGUGACAUUAAAAGUUACUUUCCCCCCGGUACCGGGUUCGAGGACUAUUGGCCCAGCAAGGUAAUGGACUCGCAGCUAAUUGUGAACAGUAAAGGUGGCGGAGGAGGUGGAGGAUGGACAAAGCAACCACCAACGCCUCCGGCUUCGAAGCAGACACAGAACAACGUGGCGAAGAAUACAAUAGUCAGGGCUCAGCCCAUGCAGAAUAUGAUGCAGAGGCCGAACGCAACCCUUCAGAGGGUCACGCAGCUGAGAACUCCAAUUUCACACGCGACACAUCCAUCGUCGCCGACGAUCUCCACCGUCAGGGGCAAUACGAUUGCGCAACCAAUUUCUCAGAGGGAUUUUGCAGCUCUUAACGCAGUGCAGACGGCGGUUAACGGUUGGUCAGGAUUGGUCAGUACACAGCCGACGUUCCAAGCGGCUCUCGUGUCGCAGGCCAAUCAGAUCAUUAGGAUGCCCAAUUCUGCACUUAGUACACACAACCAAAUGACGACUGCGAAAAAUACCUACACACAGCAACAAUCGAGGAGUAGAGGGGGUGGUGGCGGAACAGCACAGUAUCCGGGUGUUUAUCCAGCUACGACGAUGCAAUCUGUAGUUCACGUCCAACCACCCCCUCUUGUUAGAGCUACCCAAUCCAAUCAGUCCAAUAUGGGGGUGUCGACAACGUAUACGACGCCGACGAGCCUGGGCGUCCCGAACGCCCCUACCUCGUAUCCGCAGAUGCUCGGUCUGAGUGCGGAGCAGGUUCAGGCUCUGAUGCCGCCGCAGACGUCGACGCCGACGCUGCUGCCGCAUCAACAGAGACACACGCCGCCCGUGCACAAUUCCUCGCAUAACAAAUACCCGCCGCCUCUUAUUCCAGUUAACGGAAGCAGCAAUAGCAGUUCCGGCAGGGAUUCGAGAGGGCGAAAACCAUUAAUACCAAUAGCAGAAACUCAUCCAACGGGGAGCUGCCAAGUUCAACCGUAUCAAGUGCAGAAGGCGUUGGUGAUGGAACAAAUGGCGCCUUGUAUCAACUUUAAACCGUAUGUUUAUCAAGAACUGUUAAUGACUCUACCCGACUUUGUUCAGCAGUAUUUCCCCGCCUGCGAUAUUAAUAGCUGUAGGCAAGUCUUGACGGAGGUUCUAGGCAUCGAUUUAUAUCAAGGAAAUAGAUUACAAAUGGAGCAGUUGAUGAAGAACAACAAGUGCUCGUCUUUGAACGAAGAACUGCCCCUCAUCCACGUGCGGAGUGUGAUGAAGUUUAUGCCGCAGAUGAAGUACAUGUUCAAUAGGUCAAUGAUGCCAACGCCGACACCAACGCCUACGCACUCGUCCGAGGAACACCCCUCAAAGAAACGACAACGCACCAGCUAGGAUUGGCUACAGCCUUAUUGGCCCACUUACGAUUACUACCACUCGGCCUUCUAAAGGGCCCGAGACAGAACACAAAUCCGCGCUCCGCGAGAAGUCACAGAAGGAAAAAGAAAAAAAUUCUCCUCCCGCGGACAAUGAUUCAAGACCUGUAAAUAAAGAUCAAAAUGGAGUUCGGAACCCGGCCGCCGCCACAAUAACUCGAGCAUAAAUUUCUUUCCUGAACGCUUCUCGAAAGAUUUUUCGAGAUAAAUAAUAGAUGAGUCAGAAGAGAUAUUGACAAAACGGACUCACCGCCAUUUACAUUGUAAAAAAGGAAAUUCCUUUAUCACGUUUUCAAAACGUGAUUGAUAAUUCAAAAAAAAAAAAAAACAUUCGUAUUUCUUUGAAUUUUAGUUUCAAAGUUUGCAAGUUAAAAAUUACUCUUCUUUAAAUGAAACGAUACUUUGAAGAUUUGUUUUCAGUUUUCCAAGUUUGUCGUUUGUAAAAUUCGAUAAUGGAAAUAAUGUGAUUUGAAGGCAUAUAUGGUUCCUCUCCACGUUCCUAAUUAUUCACGCGUGUCCGAAAGACGAGAGCGCAAUUGAGAGACUAUAGAAGUUAGGGGGAAAAAAAAAACAUAAAAAUAUACACGAUCGAUGUAUUAUACUACACAUGUGUCUAAACAAAAUGGACUAUCAUAAAUCUCUAGAGGAAAAUUCUACAGCUCGAGAUUGCAGAAGCGUCGUUUCCUGGACCUGCGAUAAUCAUUCCAACAAAAUGUCGUUUCGAAUCUUGAAAAUUUGAUACAGGGGAAAAGGGUUUUUUCCAUAUGAACCGAACAUUUUCGCGCCAGUAUUUCUGUGUAUAGUAUCAAGACUAUUUUUAAGCCAAUCGGGGUGCGAAUUCGUGGCAGGGCCGCAUGGAAAAGUUUCCCUGGAUAAUAAUUUACUCUUUAUUCCACUGAAAUAUUUCACGCGGAACAACGUUGACUGUAUCUCCGAUGAAAGAAUGGAAGAGGCUACAAGUGUCAAAGGUGAAUUGGUUUUUUUUUAUGUUUUUUUUUUAUUCACAUAAAAGACCAUGUAAAAAGUCCCGCGUGUGUACAAAUGUGAACGAGAAAGAAGAGUGAACGAAAUUCGAGAGUGCGUGUAAAUAAAUAUAAAAAGAUUAUAGUAAACGUUCGUGAAUUUUAUAUGCGAAAAUCGAUGGCAAAAUGGAAAAAAAUAAGAAAUGCUCGAAACGUAUUUUAUUAUUUAUGAAUCCAAAACUGUAGCUUUUUUUUUAUCGCCACGAGUACCAAUCACGAUUUGCUUCCGAGAAGAAGGCCGAACAAAGCAGAAAUUUCUUUAGAUUUAAAAAAGAAUUUUAAUCAAAUAAAUUGAUUUUUUAAUCUCUUAGAUUCGACAUAAACUCACGUGACAAAUUAUCCUGAAUAUUUUAGAAAGUAGCAUGAAAUUCCGGGAGUACUAUAGAAAAUUCCAAGGAAUUUAUUUCUUAUUCCGUGAAAAUUGAUGGACAAAUGGUUAAGAUUCUAUGAGACUAUCUCUGGGAGGUUUGGAAAAUAUUGAGACAUUUUCUGGACAUUUUUGAUGAAAGUAUGAUAAAAUUCUGUCAAAAGUGUGAUUUGCUAAUUUCUAGGAUUCUAUUGAAGUUUCUUUUGAAAAAAAAAGAAGUGUUUCGCGUGGGAAAAUUUGUUUGUUUCCCCCUUCGAUUCCUUUCUUUUUUGGGGAAAAAUCGUUGUUGUGUUUAUGUGGCUUGCUUGGAUUAAUUUAAAGUUUCUCCACAUUAUUUAAUUCCGUUCUAGACAAUAGGAAAUAGACUUAAAAUUGAAUACAAGUAGUGGUGGAUCUUGCACACGGAUGAAUUUUGUCUGUCUAUAAAUCCCGGCGGAGAAGAAGAGAAAGAGAAUGAGAGCGCAAAGAAAGAGAGAGAGAGAGAAAGAGAGAAAAAACCUGUCCCCAGUCUGAGAAACGAGAAAAAAUCUAGAAGUUAAAAAAAAAGGUUCUCAGUACAUUAGACUAGAGCAUUAAUUUGUUAAUGGACACUUGUUACUAUAAUACGUGUAUUAUAAUUUAUCAUACUGUCAUCUGUAAAUAUAGCCAUUAAGAUUUAACUAGAGAUACUAGCUAUUUCAAAUAAAUUCGCGAUAAACAAGCUA